CUUGUGGAGAGGGAAGCGCUGGGCGUUCAACCACGGCCCCGUGAACUCGCAUCAAACAGCGGGCUUCACAAGCGCAGCUAACCGCCCGGGGAACACUAAAGACCGGGUGAUGGUGGAAGGAAGGCGGAUCUUUUUCCUGUUCAGAGGAGCGCUGGACAUCAAACGUCCGACUUGGCUGCGACUUCCGUGGAUGUUUUUUGGCAAAAUCGACUGGGGAAUAAAGGAACAUCAAAUUGUGUUGAAACUGUAACACUGCUUUUCGAGUUACUCCGAGUUUCUUUGUAACGAACGUGUUGGUGAACUUGGCUUCGCUUUGAUGUUGGGAGCUACAUGCUGAUCGUAGAUCAGAUUACACGCGUGAGAUCGCAGCCAUCCCUCUCUUUGAUCUCUCGGCUGACUUUGUCCUCAUUUUAGGGGAUUGUCCAGGGCUGCACAGACCGAUUCAUCGCACGGACUGCAAGUGAAACAACUCUACGGGGCGAUGCGGGAAUAAACAAAGAAAAGCACUUUACAACAAAACAACACGUUUAUUUCUUUUUUACAGCUGAGGUUGAACAAGAGAGAAGAGGUCCGGGCUUAUAAAACAAAUCGGCACGGAGGACUAGCUCCAGAUGGCCGCGUCCCUCCGCCACCGCACCUGGUCCCAUCUGCAGACGCAGACACAGACGCGGACGCACACACACGCUGGGACGCGGACGCGGGCGCCACCGCCAACGCCACUGCUGCUGCUGCUGGUGCUGCUCCUGCAUUCCUCCCUGGUUGCCGUAGGGGCGGAGGAGACGCGGGAAUGCAGCGAUUACGAGUACAAGGACCGGCAGGGGAACUGCCUGCUAUGCACGUGGUGCGAAGCCGGGCAGGAGCUCUCGAAGGAAUGUGGCUUUGGCUAUGGAGAGGAUGCGCGGUGCGUAGCGUGCCGGCCUCAGCGCUUCAAGGAGAAGUUUGGCCUGUAUAAGUGCAAGCCCUGCCUGGACUGCAGCCUCCUCAACCGGCCACAGACCGCCGGCUGCAACGCCACCAACAACGCCGUCUGCGGAGACUGCCUGCCGGGCUACUACAGGAAGACCAGCCUGGGGGGCUUUCUGGACAUGGAGUGCAUCCCCUGCGGAGACCCCCCUCCUCCCUACGAAUCACAAUGCAACACGCCGGUGAGGCCAGUGAACCUGGUGCCCAUCCCGUCCACGGUGACGAGUCCUCGGGACAUGGCCCUGGCGGCGGUCAUCUGCAGCGCCCUGGCCACCGUGCUGCUGGCUCUCAUGGUGCUCUGUGGCAUCUACUGCAAGAGGCAGCUACUGGAGAAGAAACCCAAUGGGUCUCUGCGGUGUCAGGAGGUGGCGUUCUGUGAGGCGGAGUUGGCGUGCCUGGACCGGCGGCGGGCGCUGGAGAUGGCACAGAGACCCUGCUGCCACUGCCACCACGGCCAACACGGCCCUGCACACACCUGUGGCCCCGUGCAGCUGAUCCCGUCCCUGUGCUGUGAGGACACCUGCAGUCUGGGGCGCAGCGGCCACUCCAGCCCCUUCCAGUCCAGAGACAGCCUCCACGACAGGCACUCGGGUCCAUCCAUGGGGAGCAGUCUAGGGGACGUGUCCGGCCACCCUGACCCUGGGCUGGGGGAGCCCCCUGAGUUGUGCCCCCUCCCCCUCUCCCUCUCCGUGGGCGCCCCCAAGCCUUUCUUCACCUGCCUUUGCACGCUCCGCCCCCCUUCGGACGCUCUGAUAGCCUCAGCAGAACACACGGAUGAAGAGAGGGAUGAAGAGCAGAGAGAGGAAGAAGAAGAGGAGGACGAGCAGGAAGUGGAGGAGGAAGAGGAGAAAGAGGAGGAAAUGAGGUCGUCACCGGAGCUUUGCGUACAGGAGGAAGAAGAAGCGUUAGCUGAGAGAGCGCCUCUCACACAGCAGUAGUGGAUGGCCUGCUGUGGUGAUGAUCACGCUGCUCUGCUCUGCGUAUCGUAUAUGAAUAUCCUCCUGAACUCUACUGGGCAACACCAAGAUCCCAUCACAGAUUAAAACACCUCUUGCUCUCUCUCUCUUAUAUACACACACACACUAUUGCUCUCACACUCUCUUAUGGACACACACAUACAUACACACUUUAUCUGACACUCUCUUUCAGACACGGACAUGAGCAUGGACACGCACGCACGCAAGCAUGCACACACGUGCACACACGUGCGCGCGCACACACACACACACACACACACACACACACACACACACACACACACACACACACACACACACACACACACACACACAAAACAAUGGGGUGGUGGGGUCACCUGUGCCCAUGGCAGGUGUCCAGGCACGCGUCCCUGUCCUCUCAUCCAGCAUGUAAAUACAAUGCAAACAGCAUGACUUAAAAGGCACAGCACAGCACAGCACAGCAGCGGGGUGGGGCAGGGCAGGGCAGGGCAGGGCAGGGCAGAGCGGGGUGGGUUGUGGGUCUGGUUAGGGGAGGACCAGUCUGGACUGAAGGAGCUGCCACCACUGCACAGCACAGCACCGAUGUUGCCAGAUUGCGUGGUUUCCCGCCCAAUUGGGCUGCUUAGGAUGGCCGUCUGCGGGUAAAAAUGGCACUUGGGCAGGGUUUUCCUGCUAAUUUUUGGCCAUAGAAAUCAAUAGAAUUGGGGGGGGGGAGAGAUUUAGUGCUUCCAGGCGGGUUUUGAGCAUUUUUUGGGGGCUGGAAAUCAUCAGUCUCAUCUGGCAACCCUGCACAGCACAGCACAGCAGAGCAGAGCAGAGAGGCACGUGGAGCGGCGGAACGGCACAUCAUGACGUCACUGCUUUAGGAGUCACCAAGGGAGAUAAGGAAAUCCAACUGCACGUACACAUGCGCCACAUGUGCGCACGCACGCACACACGCACGCACGCACGCACACACACACACACGCGUCACAGGAUUCGCUACUUGAAACGUUCGGCCCGACGACUCAUUUGCGUGCUGGACUGAAGGAGGAAAUGGCAAAGCUUUGCUUCUCUCUCUCUCUCUCGCCAUCACACUCUCACUCUCUUUUAAUGUUCAUCGUUUAUUUUUCCACAAGAGUCCUUCACAUCCAUCCAUCCAGCCACCCCCCCCUCACAAUCAUGCCAUCACCCAACACUCCUGCGCUCAUCUGAUUGGCUGUUGGCGUAAUGGCAUGGCAAGCUUAUUUGUAUACAAAAGGAAAAAUAAAAUAGCCAGCGCUUUCAAGUAUUUUCUCCAGGUGGAAGGGGUGCGUCUGGUUAUUCAUCUUUAGUCUCCAUUGACUGAUGAACUCAAUCCAAAGCACUCGCCUCCAAGUCAAGGUAGCAGUGGUAUAAAAACAUUUGUUUUCCAUUGGGGUAUACAAAGAUAACAGACGUUUUUAGCUCUGUAUACCCCAAUGUAAAAUAAAACAUUUUUUUUAGUCACACUAGUAUUUUGACUUCAGAGACGAGUGCUUUGUAUUUAGUUUACCAGUCUCUGAAUCUAAUUUGUAUACCACUCUUCAUAGACAACGGCAGUUCAAAUGUGCUACAGAAGAUUUAAAAAAGCGAAGAACAAUGAUGCAAAAGCAUAAACGACACAUGUUGGCACUAUCAGUGAGAUUGAUCAUUGGACAACUACAGUAGCUUUUGACUACAGUAGCUUUAGCUCCCAUGUAAAGUUGUACUAAAUUAUCUUGAGUGCAUUCCAAUAUGCACAGUUCCGUCCUCCACUUGUGCUUGUGGCCUCGCAUGUUGCUGACGCCCCACCUCUGUGGAGAAAACAAUAAAGUUUCCCAGCUGUCAGCUUAGCCACAACAUUUUUUGGGAGACUGUUCUUCAUUCACAGUCCCAAUUGCAAAUGAGGAAAUGACAUUAUAAUUGUGCUUCUGCAAGAUAUUGAAUUAAUUCAAUUAAUUAAGGUCACAAAGCAGGCAAGUGAGCAAGGAAGGACGGAAGCCUGCAUAUUGGAAUGCAUCCCUUGAGUCUUUCGAAUGUGUCCGAGGGUCCUUUUGGAAUCAAAGGCAGUGAGUACACGCACUAACAAGGAGUACCACGACAACUCUCACACAUGUAUAUGAUAUUACAACGGUUUUGUGCUGUAGAUAUUGUAAAAUAGUAUGAAGAUUAAAAAACAUAAUUAUUAGAUUGGUAAUAUUUUUGUAAUGUAGAUAAGUCUUGUUAAUUAUCCUUGCUUUUCAUGUUUUGCUUAUGAUGUGCACUUAAAAGCUUUUUUCCAAAAUCCAUGUGGAGUUUGAAAUCAUUUGUAAUUAAAAGCCUAAAAAACA